UUUCUAAAGUCAAAAAUUUUUUGCUUGUCAAAAUUUAUGUUUUUCUUAUUCGUUUGAAAUUUUUAACAGAAAAUCUAAUACACAAUGAAUAUUCGAAAGAAACAUAGCAGACAUGAGUUUAUGAACAAUAUUAUGGACGAUGAGUUUCACCCAUGUGCACCCGUCUGCAACAUAAUUCGUACCACUACUCAAAAGAAACAGAAUAUCUUUAAAAAGUUUCGGCCCCAACCAGAUACCGUAUUAGAUUACGAUAUUUCACAAACGGACACCAAGCUAGAUGCCGGAGAUACAAAGAUUCAUCUUCAGGAAACUAUUGCAAAAUAUGUUCCUACAGAAACCCAACCAAAACCAAAACGAAUUCGAGUUAAAAAAACAAAAUACUUCAGUGGUGGUCCGCCUAAGUGGAUAUUUGUUGAUGAAGUCUGGUUAUCAGAACAAGAAAAGAAACAAAAGGAAUUUCAUGCGAAAUUUAAAAUAAUGGUUAAGAAUAGAUUGAAAGAGGCUAAAUUUUCAAUGAAUUCUGGGCAUCAAAGGGUUGUUAAACUGGUAGGUCCUGCAUGGUACCAAGAACUGUCACCUCGGCAGAUUGCGACAGUUGAAGAUUUGAGACACUGCAUUCUGAAGGAUUUAGCAGAAGAUACCAUCAUAAACACUCAGGAGAAUAUUGCUUAUCUUGGUCUGGUUUUGCGGCCGAAUCACAGACAUAUUAAGAAGGCGUUAAAGAAUUGUUGUAAAUGUCCGGUCGAAUUUCUCUUAAUUUUGUACCAACUGAUUAACCCCAACCGGAAAAAAUAUUCCAUCAAUGACAGAUUGUUACUGAGUGGUGUUGUGCAUUUAACAAUGAUGAGCACGCUGAGGGAGUUACAUGUAAGGAUACCAUCACCUCCUAGACCACCUGUUGUUGUUAAAAAAGCAACAAUAAAAAAGAAAAAAGUCAAAUAUCCAUCUCCCUAUUUGGUUCCUUACACUUUUGUAAAAAAACCUCCAAAGUUUAGUGGAAUAUAUACCAACAAACAUGUUCAGCGUCCUCAGAGUCCCUACUUUUGUUAUUUGGCAGAACUAAAAAGAAAGAUAGAAAUAGCAGGAAAAGGGACACAUGAAGAUGUCGUCGCAGAUUCUUCCGAGCAUGUAACUGAACAAACCAGCGAAAGUCAAACAGGAAACUUCGAUGACGACAUCGAAAACGAACUUCGAAUAGCUCAGAACAUGUACGCAGAACUUGUUAACUUUAAACCAGUACCAAAGCUUUUGAAACCUUCAAGGUACAUCCCUUGCGAUAACUUUAGGAAUAAAACACUAGAAUCCGAGACCCAAGAGGAAACGGAAGAAGUUGUUGACGAUACACUUUAUUGUGUCUGUGCUGGAAUUGACGUUUCAAAACGUUCUGUUUCUUGUGAAUGUUCUCCAGAACCUUGCUACUUCGCCGAUGAUGAACCAGAAUCGUGCGUUUGUGCACCACAAGAAAAUACAUGUGGAUGUGUUUCGGACGGUGAAGAGCCAGAAAGUAUUCAGAACACUUGCGGAUGUGACUUGGAAUCCAAAAAAUCAGAAGAGCAGUGUACAUAUGGAUCAGAAAGUGCAAAAGUUACGAGCGAAUGUUUUUCGGAAGGUAGAAGCAGAGGAAGAGAAGACAAAUGCCAUUACGAAGACCAACCGGGUUCCUGUGGAUGCAAUGUUCAGCCAAGUGCAGAGAACAAAAAGGAAAAGAACAUAAAAUCGACUGGGGAUGAGUGCGAAUCACCAGAAAAUAUACAAUCACCGAGAUGCGGUAAAUAUAAGGAGAGAGAAGAGGAACCAUGUAAGCACGCCAAGAAUUUACAGCUUUAUGACCAGUGGUACCACCUUUUGAGACCAGGUGGACAGUCAAAGCAACCCUGCAGUUGCAAGCAGAAGUACAAAAAAUUUAUUCAGACGCCUCUCUGUCAAUGCAAACAGUGUCAAGAUGAGAGAAGGAUGAAAAAUAUAACUUAUAUUAUUACUGGGAUGAAGGAAACGGAAUCACACGAUGUAAUUCCAAUAAUUGACAGAGUUGUUGAAGGUAAAUUAUGCGACUGCUUAAAGAAAUAUGAAAAUAAAAUAAUCGAAUAUGAGCUGGAUAAGGAAGUCGAAGAUAAGAUACUUUGUAAGUGUCAGAAAGCCGUACAGCAAAUGCUCGAUACGCCAUUAUGUCAAUGUCCAAGGUGUAAGGAAAACAGGAGAAGUAGGGCUGCGAAAUUUAUUAUAAAAGGGGUUAAACAAACGGAUAGUGAAACCUUUCACAUAAUUGAAGGAAUAUCAAUGGGAAAACCAUGCGACUGUAUGAAAGAGUACGAAAAAAGAGCUAAAAAAUAUCAAGUUUACAAACAAGGAAAAGAUGUCAUGACCACUAUGAAAAGACAAGAACAUAAAUACGUGAUAGGCGGUGUUGCUUCUACUCCUCGAGGUCCUAAAUACGUGAUAACAGGAAUGCGACCGCCGAUUGACUGUACUUGUGCCAAACAAGCACGGCAAGAAGCAAAAGAAAGGCACAUGCAAGCUAUAAUGCCCCACGUGCCGGGUGGUAGAAUCCAAUAUCAAAUUGUCGGAGUGAAAGAAACACCAAAAGGGAAUGUAUAUGUCCUUGACAGCGCACUAAAGACUCCAGAUUGUGAUUGUAUGGCUAUUUUUAAAACAUUUGAACAACAACAUUCAGUCUGUAUGCAUGUGUAUGAACAAUAUUUAGCAAAAAUGAAAGACGACUAUAAUCAGUUUAUGAAUGAAAUGUUACCACCUAGUAGUAGCAGACGAUCUAGUAGAGGAAGUAACUUGUCUUCAUUACGUGACGAAAACAAAGAAAAACAAGUAACUGAAGAAGAGGAAAUAGAAAACGAAAAUGAAGAAAUUGUGAAAAGCGAAAACAAAGUCGAAGAAGUUGACACUGGAGAAAAAUUAGAAGAAGACGCUACCGCUACCCAGGUUUCUACACACGAAUUAGAGCCACAGAAACCAGAAAAAUCGUCAGACUGCAAAGAACAGACACCCCCAUGCAGCAGAACUUGUGGCACUGGUCCUGCUUUUUGUGAGUGUGGAAAUCCGUUUUAUCUGGUGUGUUGUGAGUGUUGCAAAGUUCAACGAGAUGAAUGCGUUCAGUGCACUUGUGGCGGUCAAGUGAUCGAAUGUGUCGACUGUACAUGUGGAGACGAGGAAAUUGAAGAAGAAAAAACACAGCUUAAAAGAUUUUUCAUUUUCGAUAAGAUUUCGUGCAAGCACAAAUGGCAAAUGAAUGUGCUCAAAAAGGCUUUGCAAAGUAUGGCAGAUGACAACUUUCCACUAGCUAAAUUGCCAGAAUGUUACAAAUUACCUCACUUUAAAUUGUGGAUGCAGAUGAGAUGUAGGAAAUUUUGGACUCAACACGACAAAUAUAAAUACAUUUUUGUGAGCAAAUAUUUAUGGAGGCACUGCGAUAGUUGUGAUAUCUGGAGGUAUCAUUCACCUGAUUUGAAAAUAUCGAAAGAGACGGGUAGCCAGUUAAAUUGGUUCCACGCUGAUUACGUUAGAUUUUUGGUUCACAAAUGCCUUGGUAAAUUUUAUCGAAAUAUGAGACAAAAUCGCAUCAACUUUGGACGAGAAUUUUUCCCCACUACAUUUUCCUAUAAUUUUCCUUUUAAAACGUGGAGAGACUGCUACUUUGCAUACACGCCGACUAAAGAAGAAAACGUACUAGCUCGCUUUGUCUGGCAAAAGCACCAUGCUAAAAACUUUGCAGAAAUGCAACGAUUUUGUAAACUGCAGUAA